AUGACUUGCUACUUUUUGUCGAGUAUCUAUCUUGCUUCGGCGGUCUCUGCAUGGCCCUGGAUCGCUAAUGUCCCAGGCGUUGACCUAUCCGCGAUCCACAAUCAUCCAGAGAACUUUGCGAAACAGCAUCGCCAGACGGGUAGCCUGGAUCCUACAUGUCCUUUCAACGCUGAUCACCCUGGGGCUGCACCUUUUGAUGUGAGGUUUCCUUACACCGGUUCCAUCAAUGGCCUUCCAGGUACUGGCAUUGGUGGAGUCCAAGUUCCGGCCCCAGGCGAUACAGCUCAUGAGUUCACGCCACCUGGGCCCAACGACAUCCGAGGCCCAUGCCCUGGUAUGAACACGGCCGCCAACCAUAAUUUUCUGUCGCAUGACGGAAUUACUGAUCUCGCAGAACUCGUCUCUGCGCAGCAAAACCUCUACAACCUGGCGUACGAUCUCGCCGUCUUCAUUGCAGUCCGCGGAAUUGCAUUGGACGGCGAUGUCGUCACAACAAAGCUCAGCAUCGGCUGCGAUGCGACAGAGCGUACAUCGAUCGACCCCACUGGCACCCUAGGACGCGAGCCAGGCCUCAACGCACACAACAAAUUCGAGGGCGACACCUCGCUUACCCGGCGCGACUACUUCCUCAACAACGGCGACGCUUUCACCUUCCAAGGUGAUAUGUUCGCCGACAUGUACCGCGUUGCCAAUGGAACAUCAAACGGCCUCUUCGACCGCGACACCAUUGCCGUGUAUCGCAGCCAGCGGUACGACGAAUCGCUCGCGGAGAAUCCAAAUUUCUACUUCGGUCCCAAGGCGCUCCUCCUCUACGGCGCAGCCAGCUUCAUCUACGAGGUCUUCCCUAUCUUCGGUCCUGAAGGCGACGCGAAUAUUGACAUGAUAUCUACCUUCUACGGCGCCGUCCCCAACAGCGCCGGCAGCUACGACCACGUCCCCGAACGCAUUCCAGAAAAUUGGUCGAAUCGCCGCACUGCCUACGGGCUCCUAGAAAUAGGCGAGGAGAUCCGGUAUCAGUUUUCCUAUGCGCCGAAGCUGUUCGGCGGAAACGUAGGUGCAGGGAAUUUUCUGGCUUUGAACACGACGUUUGGGAUUAUCGAGAAUGGGACUAUUCCUGGUGAUGCGACGGCGGCGGACUUCACGUGCUUGUUGUAUCAGCUUGCCACGGAUAAUGUGCCAGGGACGGUAGGGAAUGAGGCUGCUUUGCCGCUGGAUGUGCUGGCGUGGGUGCUAACACAGUUGAAUCCUGUAUUUGGGAACCUCGGGUGUCCGUUGAAGCUUUCGUGA